CACAAUCGAACCCACCUGACAAUAUUGUACUUUGUACUUUCCCGUACUUUCAGUUUGGUUACGCGAGGCAAGGAGUGACAAUGGGGAAAAUAGCACAUUUAAUCCAGAUAAUUUUGGCUACCAUAAUAGGAUAUUUUAUUGCAACACUUGUGUUAAUUCGAACUUUUAUCACAUUCGUUCGUUCACCUGUAAAAUUUGUUAGUGGCACUUUCUUCAAUAAGAGGAAAGUGAUGCCAACAUGUUUGAAUGAUCCAAGCCUUGGAAAUCAUGGAUUUAUUCAUUUGGAGGAGGUGAAAUUACAUUAUGUAGCAUGCGGGGAUGAGAGUAAACCAUUAAUGUUAUGCCUGCAUGGGUUUCCGGAGUUCUGGUACUCGUGGCGCUAUCAAAUUCGAGAAUUCAGUAAGGAUUACAGGGUAGUUGCUAUAGACCAGCGUGGAUAUGCUGACUCGGACAAGCCUUCAGGCUACAAAAAUUACACGUAUGAACAUCUCACCAAUGAUAUUAAGCAACUUAUUCCAGCAUUAGGUUAUAGCAGUUGCACUUUACUGUCACAUGACUGGGGUGGUGCUGUAGCCUGGCAGUUUGCGAGCCGGUACCCAGAACUUGUGGAUAAACUUGUUGUCUGCAACUGUCCACACCCGGGAACUUUUCAGAAAUAUGUACGUGGACAUUGGUCACAGUUCAAGAAGUCAUGGUACAUGUACUUCUUUCAAGUACCGUGGGUCCCUGAACUGGCUUUCAGAGCAAACGACCUAUCAUUCUUUAACAGAGUCUUCAAAGCUUUUAAAAACAACAAGCCUUCAGAUGAAGAUAUAGAGGCAUAUAAGUACACGUUUGCACAAAAAGGUGCAUUGACAGGUCCAAUAAAUUACUACCGGGCAGCAUUCAGUAGUUCAAUUAGACCGUGUAAGACCAAAAUCAACAUACCAGUGCUGGUUGUGUGGGGUGACCCGGAUGAAGCUCUCAAUACAGAAUUAGCAGAACUAGCUGGGGAAUACGUGACCAACCUGACAGUGAAGGUCAUCAGGAACAGCAACCAUUUUGUAAAUGUAGAUCGUCCUAAUGAAUGUAAUGCUGUGAUAAGAGAAUUUUUGCAGGGGAAAUAAAAAUAUUACAGUUUUGUUAGCAUAACUGUUAAGCGCUUCCAGAAACAGAAUUCUGCUUGUUUUAUAUUGGUGCAUACAUUUAUGAAUAUUCAGAAUUUUUUUUUAUGCAAUUAGAAGUAUAUCUUUAAAAUAUAUUUAUUUGCAUUUGGGAAUUUGUGGAUGCCCUGCUUAACUCCUGAUUCUGCAGGAUUAAUUCCCCAGACUUUGCAGAUUUAAAUCUUCAAACUUUUAUGUAAUUAUUCCCUGACUUUUCAGGAUUAAUUUCCUUGAAGUUACACAGUUUUUGCAGGGUUAAUUUCCUUGUCAACAUGGUUUGUUCCCUAUAUUUUGCAGUGUUAAUUCCCCUGACUGCAAAAUUAAUUCCCUUGAUUUUACUUUUGUGAUGUAAUAGAUUAAAUCCUGUGACUUUACAGUAUUAAUUCUUACUGCAAGAUUGCUUCCAUCUUGCAGGAUUAACCCCCUUGACUUUGUUUAAGCAUACACCUGAUUGCAAGAUAAAUUCCCCUGAUGUUCAAGAUUUAAACCCCUUGAUGUAGGAUUAAUCCCCCUGACUGAAUGGUGGGGGAACAAUCUGGUUUGUUUAACUGUUAUUUUUAGUGCUAUUGUGAAACUUGUAUAGUUUUGUGUUAAUUAGAAACUAAUUGAUAUUUUCUUUAUGUAAAGUAUAGAUAUUUUAUAUGUUGUUAAAUUCGUUAUGGUGAUAGAAGCUGUAUACUAAUGUUUAUGUAUAGUUAUUAUAUGUCUCCCACAUAUAGUUGUUUUACAUGUGAGGUUAGAGUAACUUUUUCUGGUAGACACGAGAGCUUUUAUUGUACCCCCCGACAACAAAGUUGUAAGGGGGGGGUAUACUGGUUUCAGGUUGUCUGUCUGUCUGUCUGUCCGUAGACACAAUCUUGUGCGCACCAUCUCUCCUCAUCCCCUUGACACAAUUUAAUGAAACUUCACACAAGUGAUCAGUAACAACAGUAGUUGUGCAUGGGGCAUGUUAGGUUCUUUCAGAAAAAAAAAUUGCAGAGUUAUGGGACUUUGUUUUUUGUUACUAUACUAUAUACAUAGACACAAUCUUGUGCGCACCAUCUCUCCUCAUCCACUUGACACAAUUUAAUGAAACUUCACACAAGUGAUCAGUAACAACAGUAGUUGUGCAUGGGGCAUGUUAGGUUCUUUCAGAAAAAAAAAAUUGCAGAGUUAUGGGACUUUGUUUUAUGUUACUAUACUAUAUACAUAGACACAAUCUUGUGCGCAAUAUUUCUCCUCAUCCACUUGACACAGUUUAAUGAAACUUCACACAAGUGAUCAGUAACAACAGUAGUUGUGCAUGGGGCAUGUUAGGUUCUUUCAGAAAAAAAAAUUUGCAGAGUUAUGGGACUUUGUUUUUUGUCACUAAACUAUAUACAUAGACACAAUCUUGUGCGCACCAUCUCUCCUCAUCCCCUUGACACAAUUUAAUGAAACUUCACACAAGUGAUC